CCUGAUCGGACCGAUGUUGUUUACAUGUGAACUUUAGCCAGCAAAGUGUUGAUUCGGAAGCUGCGAGAGGAUGAAGAACGAGAGAAGCCGUUGCUGACGGCGUAGGAUUAGCUGCUUGCCAAGAUUGGCCAAGUAGGAGUGCAUAUAAAAUAAUGCCACUGUAAUUAGUUUAGAUAAACUGAAUAUUUGCAUCACUAUUCUCGGAAUGUAGAAUAAAACAUCGCAGAAAUAACGAUUUUAAUGAUAUAAAGAAUUUUUGUCGACCAAGAUUUUUAUAACAAUACUCCAAAAUGGUGCUGAUUACUGCUUCAGUGUGUACCAAGGGAGGAAAGAGUUGCAAAAUUGAUAGUAAGACAAAAUGGGAUUCUUUCUACACCAUCAGUAUCUACAAUAAUUGAAUAUUGAUAUUGAUAAAAUUCAAUCUACUAGUGUACAAGUAGAUAAAAAAUCACUCACUGUAGAUAUUAUUGAUUCUGUAGCUGAUUAUGCCAGUCUAAUGAAAGAAAUAUUUGAUUUCGCAUCCAUAAAAAAAUUACUUCAGAGAAGUGCAGAGCAUCCUGCUUUUCGAGUUUUUACUAAUGCAAUGAAUGAAGUUAGGAGUAAGCGAUUCCAGGACAGUCAAUUGUGUACCCAAAGAUGAUUUUGGAGGUUUACAUCCAGAUCCAAAUUUGAUUUAUGCAGCUGAUUUGAUAAAUGCUGUUAAAAAUGGACCUUAUGCUUUUGAAGCUGCAUUUGAUGGUGAUCGAGAUAGAAAUAUGAUUAUUGGGAAAAAAGCAUUUUUUGAUCAUCCAUCAAAUUCAUUAGCAGUUCUAACAACCAACUUGAAAGUUAUUCCAUAUUUUAUCAAGACUAGAAUUAAAGGAUGUGCAAGAUCCAUGUCUACUUAUGCUGCUAUUGAUAGGGUAGCUAAAAAAACCAAUAUUGAAGGUUUUCAGGUACCAACUGGAUGGAAGUAUUUUGCUAAUUAGUUUGUGUAGUUUAGGUAAGCUAUCAGAGCAAUCAGUUCAGCGUACUUGGCUGCCUUGGAUUGUUUGAUUAGACGAUUGUUUAUUGCUGCUAGGAUUACAUUUCAAGUUUUCGUAACUAACAGUUAUUUCAUUAUUCAUUCGUAUUCGCCAAGUAAUUAGACGUUGAAAAUCUUUAAAGCAAGAUGAUCAUUUUUAUCUAAUAAUACAAUAAUUACAUUUUAAUUAACGUCGUCGAAACUUUUGUAAAUUUAUUUUAAGUUCCUCAAAUUGGUUCUACUGACUUUUUCACAAUACUUUCCAGUUUUAGAGGGAGUAUAUAAUCUCUUUUUAUCAGUCUACAGAUUAAGGAUAGAAUGGUAUAAAAACGCGUUUUAUUUGUAUAGGUAAAUUAAUUUCAUUUAGUAUAUUUAUUGUUUUUUAAGCUUAAAGAUAAUUUUUUUGAGCUGGACUGAAUGAAGAUUAUGAAAAAUUGCGAUUAAAUUCGCAUUAACAUUUUGAACUUCAGUGAAAAGUGCUGUCGGUAAAAAAUAUUAUUAUAGAAUAAUGAAUUAGGAAGCCGUUUUAAGGGUCAACAGCAUUUUUCUAUGCAUAAUAAAAAAUAUUACUUUAUUAAUUCCAGUGCACUUAUUUACGUACGCAAAAGAUUUAUUAAUCGUAAUAACUCCAAAUCAAGCUUCAGAAGGUUAAAACGUUCAUAGACUAUUGUAUAACUUUGAUGUAAUCUUGUACAAUAAAAAAAUGUU